AUGAUCUACUUCUUUGGCAUUGAUGAUUGGCUAACAUCGUCUGGAAGAACCUGCAACACCAGCAUGAAGAAGUCAAUACUGUGUUCUGUGAUUUUCAUAAUGAUUUUUGCUGCUGGAAUCGCCCAAUUCUUCUUCAUUGACCAUUUCAAACUGGUAGUUCCAUCAAUUGGUCAUGCGGUUCUCUUUCUAUUCGAGAUGAUUUGUUUCCUUGUGCUCAUCAAUGCUCUUUUCAACGAACGACCACUUCUUUUCCUCCCAUUCGUUAUCACAGAACUUGUCCGAUGCGUUUGCCUUCUCAUAGUUAUUGGUCUGUACAUUGUGAAAAUGUUUCAAGUGCAAGGACGCGAAGACGUUCGCCCAAACAUUGUCCUCCCAGCUCUUCAUUACGACAAUGAACACAAAACAGUGAAGAUGAUGGUCAAAUUGGUCUUCCAUUUAAUUUUUGUUUUCUUCGUUCAUCUCAUCCUUGCAGGAAUCGGAUACCGAUGCUAUCAGAUUUACUCCUAUGGCACCGGUAGAAAUCGGAUGAAUCACGCCGACUAUCGUCCAACUCAACCAUUACACACAGUAAUUGUGCUCGAGCAACCGAUUGAACAAGCAAUGUAUGGAAAAAAGCCAGUCAACUAA